AUGGAAUCGAAUUCAAUGUCGUCUUCCAGUUUCACUCCGCCGUUAAUCGGCGUCUCUAGGUUGAGAUCUUCCUCCGUUAAGAAGUUGCCGGAACCCUUACGCCGCGCCGUCGCUGAUUGCCUCUCUUCACCGGUCAGCUCCGCUAACGAACCUUCCAGAAUUCUUCGGGACUAUCUGAAAGGUCCUAUGACCACAGACAUGGCUUACAGUGCAAUUCUGGAACAUACUAUUGCAGAGAGGGAGCGCAGUCCUGCAGUAGUUGCAAGGUGUGUGGCACUACUAAAGCGGUAUCUUCUAAGAUACAAACCGAGUGAGGAGACAUUACUUCAGAUAGAUCGUUUUUGUUCAGCUGUAAUUGCCGAAUGUGUUAUUAACCCAAAUCAACCAUGGUCACAAUCUAUGAAUCGACAUUCUGGUGCUUCCACAACUCCAUCUCCUUUACUUGUAUCUAGUGUUGCUUCUGAGGCACAUGUGAAGUCACUGAGUUAUGUGCGCUCCCUAGUGGCCCGACACAUUCCCAAACGGAUUUUUCAACCAGCUUCUUCAUCGGGAAAAUCACUGCCAACAUUGUCAUCUUUGCUGAAGAAAUCUUUCAAUUCUCAACGUAGUCCUGCUAUUGUUCCAGAAACGCCAAGUUCUUCUAGUGGUCCAAAAACAUUACAGGAAGACUCCAUCAUGCGCUCUGUCUCAAAGUCAUUAAAACAUGAAAAAGUUGAUGAAAAGAAUGAAUUAGGGUUCAUUGCCCAUGAUGUUCUGAAAUGGCGUUGGCUUGAGCAACCACAAUCGUCAUCAGUUGGGACUGAAAGUGAUCGUGGUCAAUAUAUGACAUCACAUAGUAGUUUCUUAGAAGUAGGUGCAGCAGCUUUACUUGUAGGAGACAUCGAAUCUAAGAUGAAGGGGCAACCAUGGAAAUUUUUUGGAACUGAUGAUAUGCCUUACCUGGAUCAGCUAUUGCAGUCUUCUCCUGUAACACCAAUUACAAAUUCUGUCUCUGCUUGCCACCUGAGAGCAAUAACAGCAUCUAAGCGCAAAAAAGCAGGCUCUCGUCAUAUAUGGGAAGAUUCUCCCGUGAUUACAUUUCGUCCCCGAGCUCGACAGCUUUUCCAGUAUCGUCAUUACAGUGAGCAACAGCCUCUACGGUUAAAUCCUGCCGAGGUACAAGAAGUUAUUGCAGCAGUUUGCUCUGAGGCUUCUUCCCCUGGCACCAAUGUUAUGACAGUGUCAACUAGACUAGGCAAUAGCAGUGGAAAACCAUCGACGGAUGUGGCUGUUAGCGUCCUUAUUAAACUUGUUAUUGACAUGUAUGUUUUAGAUUCUCAGACAGCUGCUCCUCUCAUUCUUUCUAUGCUUGAGGAGAUUCUUAGUUCUUCUGAGACAGGUUGCAGGAUUCGUGCUUUCGAUUUGAUUCUAAAUCUAGGGGUUCAUUCUCAUCUCCUAGAACCUAUGAUUGUUGCCGAAGCUUCCAUAAUUGAAGAAGAAUAUUCUCAAGAAUCCUACUAUGACAGCCACACUCAAAUUAUGAUGCAAGGAAGCAGAAAAGGAAGUUCUCAGAAUAAAUCAGACACAGUCUCUGCAAUUGAUAAUUUUGAGCCGUGGAUUAUAAAUAUUCUGUAUGAGAUACUGCUUCUACUUGUUCAGACUCAAGAAAAGGAGGAAUCUGUUUGGGCAUCUGCACUCAGCUGCUUGCUUUAUUUUGUCUGCGAUAGAGGGAAGAUCAGGAGAAACCGCUUACAAGGACUCGACAUAAGGGUUCUGAAAGAACUUAUAAGAAUCAGCAGGGAGAACUCCUGGGCAGAAUUAGUUCACUGCAAGCUGAUUUCCAUGUUAACCAACAUGUUUUACGAAGUUCUUGAUGAAGUAACAGAGCCUGUUCCUAGAAAACCAAAGUUUCUUGUCGAUCAACUUGAUCUGAUUGGAGGAGUUCAAUUUAUUUUCAUUGAGUAUGCCCUUGCAAACUCAAGAGAAGAAAGGAAAAAUCUGUAUUCAGUGCUUUUUGAUUACAUUCUGCAUCAAGUAAAUGAAACAUGUAUAGCUACAGGUGUAAAUGAAUACAGUGAUGAUGAGAUCCAACCUCUUGCUUCUCUACUUGCUCAAGCAAAUGCACCUGAGGCAUUUUAUAUUUCUGUCAAACUUGGGGUAGAAUGCAUUGGGGAGAUUUUGAGAAGAUCAAUUGCUUCUACUUUGUCCAGAUAUCCUAACAGUGAACGACUAAAUGUGCUUCUGGAAACUGUUGCAGAGAAGUUUGACACCGUAAUAAGUUCAUUCACUCAUCUGGACAAGGAAUUCUCUCUUAUGAUUCAGAUCACUAAAUCUCACAAGUUGUUUGAAAAUAUGGAUAAUGCAUCUCUGCAAAAUGGCAUUAAGUUGCAAGCAAAGCAUUCAUGGGUCACUUUACAUUCCCUUCUUCAUUCUGAAAGAAUUCCGUACCGUCAAAAUGGAUAUAUCUGGUUAGGGGAUCUGCUUAUUGCUGAAAUUAGUGAGAGAGAUGGGAAUAUAUGGUCAAGUAUCAAAUACUUCCAGCAGGAAGUUGCUCAAGCAGGAACUCAGGAUAUUUUGGAUACAUCAAAUAUUCCUUUAUCCAUUUUACUUCUGUGUGGCCUUCUAAAGUCCAAAAACUACUUAAUUAGAUGGGGAUUUUUGUUUGUUCUUGAAAGGCUUCUUAUGAGAUGCAAAUUUUUUCUAGAUGAGCAUGAAAUGCAGCUAUCAAACAGCAAAACUUUGGAGCAUGGCAAGAAAGAUUGGCAUCUUGAGAAAGCCAAUGCAGUGAUCGACAUAAUGAGCAGUGCUUUGUCUUUGGUGUUUCAGAUAAAUGAAACAGACCAUAUCAAUAUUCUGAAGAUGUGUGACAUACUAUUCUCUCAAUUGUGCUUAAGAGUUCCUCCUGCUACAGCUCCACCCAUUGGUGAUGAUGUGCAGCAUGACAGAAAUUUAAAUCUCACUAGUGUAAGCAAAAAAUCUAACAUUGAUAAUCAUGUUCCCAAACGAGAUACCUUCCUCUGGGAUGAACACAAGGAAGAAUCUAAUAGAAGACCUGGCUACCCUAAUAACUACCAUCCAGAUCAUGAAACGGCAUCAAUGGCAGCUCUUCUCCAAGGACGAGCUAUUGUCCCCAUGCAGUUAAUUGCCCGUGUUCCUGCUGCCUUACUAUACUGGCCGCUCAUUCAAUUGGCAGGAGCAGCAACCGAUGAUAUUGCUUUAGGAGUUGCUGUUGGAAGUAAAGGAAGAGCAAAUCUGCCUGGUGCCACGUCUGAUAUUCGGGCUAUACUUAUCUUACUUCUUAUUGGUAAAUGCUCGGCAGAUCCCGUUGCUUUCCAGGAAGUAGGCCAGGAACAGUUUUUCAGGGAACUUUUGGAUGACACAGAUUCAAGAGUGGCAUAUUAUUCAUCUGCUUUUCUUCUGAAGCGAAUGAUGACAGAGAAGCCAGAGAAAUAUCAACACAUGCUUCAGAAUCUUGUUGUUAAAGCUCAACAGAGUAACAAUGAAAAAUUGUUGGAAAAUCCAUACCUUCAAAUGCGUGGCAUAAUUCAGCUGGCAAAUGAUAUUGGGAUUGACUUGUGA